AUGUCUCAAGUCCAGUAUAUCACCACGACUACCACGCACAAGGCCACCAGACUCUUAACUGGCGAGCCACACGUCUUUCGUCGCACUGCCGAGGAGAGCGGCGAAGAUGUUGCAUCCAAGCUCUACGCCCUUCAUUCAAAGCUGCCCAGCAAGUUUGGUCAGUUCGGCGGCCAGUAUGCACCAGAGUCUCUGAUGGACGCCCUGACAGGGCUAGAGGCCGGCUUUCUUCAGGCCGUCAUUGACGAAGGCUUCUGGAGGGAGUUCCGCUCGCAAUACUCCUUCAUGGGCCGCCCAGGACAUUUGCAACUGGCAGGACGCCUGACAAGACACGUUGGUGGUGCCAACAUCUGGUUAAAACGCGAAGAUCUGAAUCACACCGGCAGCCAUACGAUCAACAAUGCCAUGGGACAGGUGCUGUUGGCCAGACGUCUGGGGAAAACCAGGAUAAUCACGGAUACCGGAGGUGGCCAGCAUGGGAUUGCCACAGCUUCCGUGUGUGCUAGGUUCGGCAUGGACUGUACCGUGUACAUGGGAUCUGACGACUACAAUCGCCAUCCCUCAGCCGUACGACAAAUGACCCUGCUCGGCGCAAAAGUAGUUUCGGUUAAUACCGGUUCAAAAACAGUGCGGGAGGCCGUAAACGAGGCCCUGCGUGCCUUUGUCUCAGAUCUCGAGACAACACAUUACAUCAUGGGCUCUGCCAUUGGCCCUCAUCCAUUUCCAACAAUAGCACGGACAUUUCAGAUGGUCAUUGGCAACGAAACAAAAGAACAAUUUUCGCGCCUACGAAACAAGCUGCCAGACGCUGUGGUCGCCAGCAUUGGAGGCGGCUCGAAUGCGGUGGGGAUGUUCUCCCCGUUUGAGCAAAACACACGUGUGCGGCUACUGGGCGUCGAGGCCGCUGGCGACGGCAUGGCAACGCCACGCCAUGGGGCCACACUUGCAGCAGGGUCUGUGGGCGUGUACCACGGUGCACGGACAUAUGUGCUGCAGGACAGAAACGGCCAGAUCCAGGAUGCUCACUCGGCCUCAUCUGGCCUUCGGUAUCCUGGUGUCAAUCCUGAGCUGGCAAAUUGGAAAGAGAGCGGCCGUAUGGAUCUGGUCACAGCCACAGACAACCAGGCACUCGAAACAUUCCGCCUGUUGAGCAGACUGGAGGGAAUCAUUCCAGCCAUGGAGUCAGCCCAUGCGGUUUACGGUGCUAUGUGGCUAGCCAAAAAGCUGAAGCCAGGCAGGGAUGUUGUCGUAUGCCUGAGUGGACGUGGAGACGACAGAUGCGAGCCAUAA